CGUGAGUUGCGGAAGGUUGACCAAGAUGCCUAACUUCUCUACAUGCUUGACUUUGGAGAGACUUGUCGUGAAGGAUUGUGAUAGGCUGGUUGAAAUUGACCCAUCCAUUACUAUGCUGCAGUAUUUGAAGCACGUAGAAAUUAAGGGGUGUAUAGGUUUGAGGGUGCUUAAAGGAGCUCCAACAACCCUCAAUUUAGGCAUGGUACAUCAUUCGUGGCUAGACUCUCUUGGUAAUCUACAGCGUCUAUCAACACUAAGGAUGGAAAAUCUGGAACUCCUUGAACUUCCUGAUUCAAUAGGGGAGAUACCUGGUCUUCAAGUGUUGUCUUUAUGUGAUUCAUCUGUGGAGAAACUUCCGGAGUCGAUUGGGAAACUGGAAUCUCUUGUCAACUUGAAUAUAUCUUCCACGAACAUUAUAGAGCUGCCUGAUUCGAUCGGAAAACUUAAGAGAUUGGAGACUCUAGGCAUGAGAAGUUGUAAAUUAAGAAAGCUUCCUAAGGCGAUAGGAAUGUUGGAGAAGCUUGAAUCUUUAGAUGCUUCAUCUUGCAUAUUUUUGGAAGGAGAAAUUCCAAUGGAAAUCGGGGCACUAUCAUCUCUGCAAGAACUAUUCUUAAAUGGGACCCGUAUUUCUGAAGUCCCACCGACUAUUAGUCGGCUUUGUAAACUUAAGAGGUUGGGUUUGUGUGAUUGUGAGGAGCUUCGACGAUUGCCGGAGCUUCCUUCAAGUUUGGGACAUUUGGACAUUAAGUCUACAUCAUUACAGAGGAUUCCUGAUCUAUCGAACCUGAGCAACUUAAAUUUUCUGCAAUUAUCCGAUUAUGGUCGGCGUGGAUAUGUUGAUAUGCCUCAUGCACCACCGAACGCAUGCCAAGCUCAAGAUUUGCAGUGUAUUGGGAGGUUAACCAGGUUGUCAUGGUUGGCAUUGGACCUUUCAGAGGGGACCGUGUUGCCUGCUGACUUUGGUACCCUUACCGAACUCAAAAUGCUCGAAUUACCAGGCUCCACCAUUAAAUCUCUAGAGCGGAUUCCACCCCAAGUUGAGACAUUGACGUGGUAUGAUUUUGAGUCUACAGAUGGAUGGUCAAACCUUCACACCUUCAAAUAUUUGUCCAGUUUAAAAAUAGUCAGGUCGUGCUUAACCGAAAUUCCAAUGGAUGUGCUUGGACAGCUGGAGAACCUCCUGGAUCUGUUUGUAUUGGAGUGUCAAUUCCUUGAGAGACUACCCCAUUUAUCAAGCUUAAGAAAGCUCCAGGCUUUGACUGUUUAUGAGAGUCCACGGCUAAUUGAGAUUCGAGGUCUCGAACAAUCAGAAUCACUAGAAGAAUUGUAUAUUUGUUAUUGUCCGUCCUUAAAAGAGCUACCGAAUCUUUCCAGCUUACAGAAUCUGCGCAAGUUGAAUUUAUUAGGUUGCGACUCAUUGGAAAGUUUGCCUGUUGUGGCGAAUAAGGAAACAUGUCAUGUGAAUGUUGUCAGAUGCAAGAUGCUGCCAUAUGGUUCCGGUGUGACAAUUGAAUGGGCUUGCAUAGAAGCGCCAUAG